AUGUUACUAGUUGCUUUUGAUAACUUUGAUGUUAUUCUUCAGGAUGUAAACAAUCCACCGAAUUCAUCUCCACCUUUCAAAGUGUUAGUACGUAUCAUUCCAGUUGGUGAUGAUCCUCCAAAACGAGAUCCCGCAAGUUCAUUUAAUAUAGAAGUUCAUGAAAAUGACUUUGGCAUUUUUGGAAACCAGCACUUGUGUUACAUGGAUAUUGAUUCUCUUGCUAGUGAAAUCACUUAUACUAUUAUCACAUAUCCUAGAUUUAUUGGAUCGCUUGCACAUGCAGAUCCAGGAAAAGUAGUUUUAUUUUCUGAUGGUGCUGAUUUAGAAAAAGAAAGUAAUUGGACAUCUGUUAAUACUUUCACACAAGAACAGAUAAAUCAUCAUAAAAUAGCGUACGUACCUCCAAAGGAUGAAAUUGGACCAAAUCCAUUAUAUCUGCAGUUCAUUUUCUCAGUUACAGAUAAAGACAACAAUGUAGUUCCUGGACAAGUCUUUAAUAUUACUAUUUUGCCAGUAAAUAAUAAGGUUCCUCAGCUUCACACUGGUGAACUACUUGUUGAAGAAGGUUCUUCAACUUUGCUUUCUACCAAUGAAUUAUCUGUGUAUGAUCCUGACACAUUAACAUCAGACUUACAAAUGAGUUUAUUCACUAUCCCCCUUCAUGGUUCACUACGAAGAAGUGAACAGCCUCUCAGAGUUGGAGAUCUAUUAUCCCUUGAUGAUAUUCUUACUUUGAGAUUAGAGUAUGUUCAUGAUGGUUCUGAAUCUUUCAAGGAUGGCUUCAAAAUAGGUGUUAAUGAUGGUCUCCAUUUUGUGUCUGGAGUUGUAAGAGUCUCCAUUGAGCCAGUAGAUGAUGAGAAACCUAUUUGGGCUAAAGAUUUGAUGCCAAGAAUUUCUGUAAAUGAAGGAGGAAAAGUUCUACUUACGCCUGAGAUUUUAGCUGCUACAGAUAUUGAUACUGAUGAUUCUUCAUUAUUCUUUAUUUUGACUGAAGUACCAUUGUUCGGAAGCAUCGUUCUUGAAAAGCAUAAAGUUAAUCGUUUUACUCAAAGCAAUGUAUUAACUGGAGAAGUUGCAUAUAUGCAUAAUGGCCAAGAAAUCGGUCCAAGUCCAAAAGAAGAUGCCCUGACAUUCAUUGUGACUGAUAAAUUAUUUCCACGCUCAAUAUCACAUGAAAGUCAUCGUGUAUUUGUAACAAUUUUACCUCAAAAUGAUAGACCCCCUAGGUUGUAUUUUAAAAGAGCUAUUCUUGUUGAAGAGGGUCGUUCAUCAGUCAUUACAGAUGAAAAUCUUUCAGCAACAGAUGAUGACACUUUUGCGUCUGAAUUACUCAUUGUUAUAGCAAAGCAACCUGAAUAUGGAUAUAUAGAGAAUUCAAGACCCACGCCUGGAUAUGAACAAAAUGAUGGGAAAAGAAUAAAUGCAUUUCCUUUGCAAGAUGUAAAGAAUGGAUUCAUUACUUUUGUGCAAUUUAACCACAGCAAUGUUGAACCUGAAUCAGAUGGAUUUGAGGUUUUUGUAACUGAUGGAGUUCACAAUUCUACUUCUGUGCUUGUGUUUGUCAGCAUUGUCUUACUAAAUGAUGAAGUGCCAAUGUUUUCCAUUUCAAAUAUAUCACUGGAUGAAGGAGGCUCAUUUGUUAUGAAGAACAGUUCUGUUAUUGCUUCUGAUAGAGAUUUCCCUGGCGAUAUAUUAAUAAUUACUGUGAAAACAAGACCACAGUAUGGGACACUGACACAUUUUGUUCAAGCAGUGAACAAUGGGCCUUUACUUGAAAUUCCUUUCACUCAGUUAUCCUUUGAAAAUUUUGAAAGUAUUGUAUAUCGACAUGAUGGAUCGGAAAAUUUCAAAGAUUCUUUUGUGUUAGUUUUAAGUGAUGGGUUACAUAAUGUUGUGGAUUCUUGUUUUAUUGAUAUCAUUCCUGUUAAUGAUGAAGCACCUUUCAUAGUAAAAAAUAUACCUGCUAGUAAUGUCGAACUACUUGGAAAUUUUCUUUUGUCUAAUGCUGUUCUACUAGCAGAUGAUAUUGACACCUCAUCCACGGAAUUGUUUUUUAAAAUAGUAGAGCAUCCUACUCAAGGCAUUUUAGAACAAAAAAAUGAAAAAGGAGACUGGUUCACUCUAAAUUCUUUAGAGUUUUCUCAAGAAGAUAUUAAUUUAAAUCUUAUAAGAUAUCGACAUACAUCAGAAAACAUUCAACUGCAUGAAGAUACCUUUAAAUUUUUUGUUUUUGAUGGUGUGCAUGAAUCAGUUCCUGCUGUAUAUACAAUUAAACUCAUUGCUAAGGGAAAAUCUACUAUUGAAGUUAUCAACAAGGGAGCAGUUGUUGAGCAUGGCUCUGAAGUUAUUUUGAAUUCUAGUGUUUUGUAUGCUUUUGAUAACAGUUCAAUAAUUGAAGACAUGGUAUUUUAUGUUAUGAAAAUUCCAACCUAUGGUGUUUUGAAUCUAAAUGGCAGUAAUUCAUAUUCUGGGCAGAACUUUUCUGUUUCUGAUCUUGUUAAUAACUAUUUGUCAUACAGACACAAUGCAACAUUCAAAGUUACUAGUGAUAGUUUUGGCUUUAUGAUUACAAAUGGUGUUACUGUAACAAAUGUUACUUUUGAUGUUACCAUUUCAAGCCUGGUAAUAAAAAUUCCUAUUCUGGAAAUAGUUAUUCCUUUGGUCAGUGAUCGACACGAUUCAAACACUUAUAUUAUAACUUCUGAGCAUUUAUUAUCUUAUCAGCCAGGAAAAAAUGAUAGUAAAAUUAUUUAUGAAAUUAUAGAUUCUCCAAAAUUUGGGACAAUUUUGCUUAGUGGCAAAGUUUUUUAUCCUAUUAGUUUUUCCCAAGAGGACAUCAAUAAGAAUUUAGUAUCGUAUGUGGCAAAUGUUAAUUCUUCCAUGAAUGAUCAUUUUUCAUUUAAAGUUACGAACAAUGAAGAAGAGGGCUAUUUAUUUGGAGGAAAAUUGAUGAUUAUACCCACAGUGUUUGAAAUUUUUCUGAAAAGUACACCUCAGGUGGCUGAACUAUCAGUGCUUAUAAGAUCUCCUACAGAUUUAGAAAAUGUAUGGAAUCAUCUGGCUGGAUUUUUUAUCAAUAGUUACAAUUUGAAAGCAACAUUUUUGGACUCUAGUGCUAGUGAUAUAAGAUAUCAUGUAACAAAAUACCUGCAACAUGGGUACAUCUUUAAUGUAAAGGAAGAGAAAUUUGUUCGUAGUUUUACGCAAGAAGAAAUUAAUGAACAGCUAAUUGUAGUCAUUUUAAAACAAGAAGUUGAGACUUCUGAUUACUUUUUAUUUCAUAUUGCCAUCAAACAAGUGACUUACAAUAAAGAAUAUAAGAUGGAAUUUCAGUGGGCUGCAGUAUUUUUUCCUUUCUUGGAAUAUUCUGUUUGUGAAGAUGCAGCCGCUCUAAAUAUUGUGAUACAUAGAAAAGGAAACUUGGACAUUUCAUCUUAUGUUACUAUUUCUGCUGUUGAACAGACUGCUAGAGAGGGCCUUGAUUUUGUAUCUAGAUAUGUGAAUAAAAUCCAAUUUGAUCCUGGUAUUUCUGAAGUUCUGUGGAAAAUUAUCAUUGUUCAGGAUGAUCUUGAAGAAGCUCCCAUUGAACAACUGCAAGUUAUUUUAUCUGAGCCUGAAAACUGCAUAAUCUCAUACAAAAAUCGAACAAUUGUGAGCAUUUAUGACUUAAAUAGAGGUUCCUGUUCUAAAAUUCCUGUCAUUAGGUCUGAAACACAUAAAGGAGAAGCCAAACCUCCUUUAAAAGUUUCAGAAAGGUCUGAGUUGGAGAACAAUGAAUGCAAUCAAGAUAUCUAUGGUCUUCUGCACUUCAAGCAAUCUACUCAAAGUUUAUUCCAGUGUGAUGGGAAAAAAUGGUUGCCAUGGCAUUCCACCAAAAGUAAUGCAUCCAAUAUUCAUUCUUCUUUUGGUAUUCCUCACAUAGAUGACAAUGAAAGAAUUGAAGACAAGCUAGAUAAUAAUACAGAAGCUUCCACAUCAGAAGAACAAGAAUCGACUACAUUUUUGCCUGAAAAUUGCCCAAAAGGAUGGAUAGAAUUUAUUGGAAAAUGCCAUAAGUGGCAAAGGCAGCCUGUUACUUGGAAUGCUGCAAAAGAUACGUGUGAAUCAUUUCCUUCUAGUCAGUUAGUAGUAAUUGAAUCUCUUGAGCACAAUACUUGGUUGCUGCAAUUAGCUCGGGGGAAGCCAUUCUGGAUUGGGUUGCAUAUGUCAUUAGAGUCCAGUGACUGGAAAUAUACUGAGCAGAAUGAUGUAUCUUUUUUUAACUGGAAAAAGGGAUUCCCACGUUUGCCUCAAAGUGGAGAAGUUAAGCAUCGUUGUGUACUUGCAAGGGGCUCUGGUCAAUGGAUCAAUAAAAAUUGCGAAUUUCAUGACCAUAGCUUUAUUUGUGUUAUGCCAAAGAGUACAAGUGCUGUUGGUGACUUACAAUGAAUUCUGUGUCUUUUUAUUUGUUGCAUUUAAUUUUUGUUUUACAUUGUUUGCAAGAGACUCAGCAAAUAGUUUUAUGUCUGGAAAAAAUAUGCAAAAAUGAGCAGACAGACGUUUAUGAAAUGUUUAUAUGAAUAUAUGUUCCCAUUUCUCAAUUAUAACUCAUUGCUUUAUGCUGUUCCUUUUUGCAGUAAAUUUGGCUAAGAAUUUUUGCAGAUAACAUGUUUCAAAAUUUAGUAAAGAGAAAAAGAUGUUGGUGAUAAUUGUAUGUUAUGCAUAGUUAAGAUAAAUAUUUACCCCAUUUUGCAUGUUUCUCAAGUGGCAUUCUAGUCUCUUCUUUUUCUUUAAAAAUGUGUGAUUUAUUUUGAUUUGACAAUUGUGAUAUUUCAAGCUAAAAACCACUUGUGUUUAAUUUUAUAAAUUUUUGAAGAACUUUUAUGUUUUUGUAUUUUUUUAAAUUUUAUAACAUUAGUACUUAUGUCUCUCGAUAAUAUUUUCUUUCCUUAAAACUUAAAUGAAUUUAUUCCCAGCAAUUUAAUUUCAUAUUCUUUUAAAUUAACACAAAUAUUUUUUCUUUUGAAUGUAUAAAUUUGUCAGUUUCUUUAAAUCAUAUCCGGUAAAAAAUUCACUCAGUAACUUAUCCCUUUUAAUGACAUGCUUUUUGCUUAAAAUUGAUGUUUUAUUUUUAUGCAUAUUAUUUAAAUUAUAAUGAUUUAU